GUGUUGAGUAUUUUGUUCAGUGUAGUCAAGCUACGGCACACGUUUGUUCUUCAAUUCCACCGCUCCGAACUCUCUGCUCUCUCUGGCUGCAGAGGAUCACUAAAGCAGCUACACCUCCAUCAAUGGCGUUCCCUGCUAGAACAGGGAACGUCUUUUCGUCAUCAUCGACCAAACUCAAAACCAUCGGCAAAUACCAGUUCUACUCUCUGUCCCCCCAACCAAAUCUCUCUCUCCUCGACGCCUCCCUCCCGUUCCCAACCUCUUCUGUUGUAAACUCCCUCCUCGAAGGUCGAAGUGUUCAUGCAAGAAAAUUACCUUACCAAUUGGAUUCAGGAAGUGACGUCAAUAUUGAAAUGGAAUGGUAGAGUAUUUGGUUUUUUCCAUCUUGUUCAGAGAUUGGAUGGAUGAGCUAGAACUAUGAUCUCUCCCUCCGGAGGGAGUAUGAACACUGGCAUUCAGUCGACUGGCUGAGCUACGCAGCACCCUCGCAGUUGAUUAGCGAUUGCCUCUUACUUUCUUCUUGUAUUGUGCUUAUAGUGUGAUUGUAGGUGACCUCGUUAUACUACAUAUGCCCUAGGCUAGUAGGGUUGUUUACCCCUCCAUUCCAAUUGGGUUUUUGAUGUAAAAAAAAUAAUAAUUUGCAUUAAAAGAAUAAAUUAAAUCUAAUAGUUUGGCCAAAAAAAUAUUCUUUGGGCCUAAUAAUGAAAAUAUUGACUUUUUUUUCUUUUAACAUCAAAAACCCAAUUGAAAUGCAGUGGUUCUCACCUUCUCAAGCCAAGGUUUUGGGAAUGUUCUGGAAUGAACAAUCCCUACUAGCUAGGGCGUAUAAAGAGGCCAUCUUACCACCACACCACUAGCAUAGCACAAAGAGAGGAAAGAGUGAAAGAGGCAAUGACUAAUCAACUGCGAGUGUUAAAACUUCACCUCUUGCUGCAUAGGGCGGCCAAUCGACUUAACGUUAUUGUUCACACUCCCUCCUCCAUCAAGGAGGGGGAGAUUUUAGUUCUCAUUCAUCCUUCUGAUUUGGACAGUUUGAAGAAGAUGGAGAAUGAAUAGAUAGUCUGCUGUUUACAACCUGGCCAAAACAGGACUACGGAAUUUAACAAAGAAGCUGUGCAGAUAAUCAUCAAAAUUUUCGUGGGCAAUGGUGGUGAUAAAAAUGUGGUUGGCAAAUGAGUGCUUUGAUUGGUUGUUUAGCUAUUCAUACUUGAUGGACGCCAUUAUCCAAUUAUGUGUUUUUAAAUCAUUUCUUUACUUCCUUUUGUAAUUUCAAGUGGUAAUUGUAAGAAUUAAAAUCGAAGGAAAAAGGUUUAUGACUAUUGUUGAAGUAUAAAUACUUAAGUUACACAAUCUUAAACAGUUUAAUUUUUUGGAGUAGAUGAUUGUUUAACAUGGUAUCAGAGUAGGAGGUCCUGCAUUCGAAUGUUGUCGCCACCCUAAUUAUUAAAAAGAUUUACACGUGCUAGUCCCAAAAUCUAGCUGGGGACAUGUUGAGGUAUAAAUACUUAAGUUAUAUCAUCUCUAACAGCUUAAGCUUUUAGAGUAGAUAGUUGUUUAACAACUACAUAUUGCAAAUGAAAUGAAAGGCCUUUUCAACCAGAAGAGACACUAUUGUUGGCCAACGAAUCUUGAGAUUCGAGCGUGGGGCUUGAAGACCCUACAAUAUUCCGGCUCACAGCCAGAUCAUAAAGACUAGUGGAGUUGAAUUUCUUGCAAAAAUAAGCAUAGACCAAGUCCAACCUUUUAGAUUUUGGCAGGUCUUGUGCCUAGAUAUUAUGUUGCGUCUACCUGAAAAUACUUAAAAAAUUUUUUUUUUAACAAAGAAAACAGUAAAAUAGAUUUCAAAACUGAGACGUUUAAAGGUUUCUGGUUUGUUUUUACAUUCAAAAUUUAUAAUGUCUUAUUCCUGGUGUCUAUGUUACAUGGACUUAUCUUAAUGCAUGAGCUACCUUCAGUUGCUGCAGGACGAAUUGGUUAAAGUAUGAAAUACGUUUUGGAUGUAUCAUACAUGUGGUUGGUCAUGCAUUCGGCAAGAAUGUCUAGUGAUCCAAGCCAUUGUUAUAUGGUUGCUUCAGAAUGAGUGAAUUGCUCAGUUGGAAUCAUAAAUAUACAGCAGUGUACCGGUGUUCAUGGACUUGGGGGUUCAUAGACCUUAGAGACCAACCAUCAUAUACUUUGCUGAAUCCAUCUGCACAGAUUAGUCUUUUGGAGAUGCAGUUUCUAAUAAUAGUUUUACUAGCCAUUCAGCAAUUUGGCUGUACAGAGCAAUGUGAUUCAAUUUAGGGAGUUUGGUGAUUUCAGAUGGUGGAAACUAAAGAUCAAAUCUUAUCAUGUCAGGGAAGGUGUAUGUCAACGCCAGCUAUUUUUGCUGGGAUAAGGAAAAGAAAGGCAAGCAUGUUUUUCUACGUAUUUAUGCCAUUAGGAUUUGCAAAGCUGAGCAAGAUGCUUUGCAUUUACAUUUGUGCUUUUAUCUGUCUUGCCAUAAGAAAAUAUUUUUGAAGGCCAAUGGUGGGUUGAUAAUGAAUGCAAGCCAUAAUCCUGGUGGCCCUAACUAUGACUGAGGUAUCAAGGUGAUUUGCUAGUCCUUACACGCUCUUACUGUAUCUCUAUCCCUUUGCUGCCCUAUGCACGUAUGAUGUUACGAGAUUGUUACACGAGUAGUCACACAUGCAUGAUUUGAAAUCACUUCCAUUUCUUAGUUUCACUUCAAUGCACAAGAAUGAAGCCUUUUGCACUAAAGUUCUUUUGCUGAAUGUGGUUAUGGGCCUCAUGGCAUAAAAUCAUAGGGUAAAAGGAUUUUCAGCUCCUCGUCUCAAAGUUUCUGAUGCAAAAUGCAAUUCUUUUUGUUGCUAAUUUUCCAGUUCAAUUACAGCAGUGGGCACUGACAAAAUUUAUGGAAACACACUUUCUUUGUGUAUCUUAUCCUAAGUCUAUGCCUGAAACCUACUACUGCAUGGAGUUCAUAUUUAAUUUAUCGCUUUGUAACGGUUGAAGAUUUGAAAUGUAUUUUGAACUUCAUAUUCAACAGUAUUUACCUUUAUUUGCAGGAAAGGGACUAUUCUGUAUAAAUGUAGCUAAUUUGCCAAAUUUGAUACAUCAGCACUUGAAUAGCAUGGCAUGAUAUUUUAGGUUGAAUGAAACAGAUAUCUUUAGGGUCAGAUAGCUUUCUUAUAAACUUUCCUCUUUGAUUUGAGGAGUGUCUGGUUGGAAAGGCUAUUAAAUCAUUGAAAAAAUGACCUUGGCUGUUUCAUCCAAUCCAAAGGCCAGAGAUCACACUGAUAUUGAUUAAAUAAGAUUCUGUAAAGAGGAUUUCACUGUGUUAUUAAAAUCAAUCCUUAUACAACUUGUGCAUAAAAGAUGAGAAUGUGAUUCUAUCCCAAUUUACAAAAGUAUCAAACAUAUUGGAUCGUCCGUGAGCAAUCUGGGUGAGAUUGACAGGAAUAUUAUUCACCUCUUCUGAGCAUUAUGUUUUGGCUAUUUGAGGAUAAGUCUCAAGCUUGAGUGAGGAAAAUUAUGCUUGGCAUUUAUGACAUUCUUUUCAUGAAUAGCAUGAUCAUGUGAGUUUGUUCACUAACCUGAGCAAGCCAAGCUGAAACUCAAAUAUGCUUGAUUGUAUACGAAAUUGAAGCAACAUUACACUCAACCUAGGCUGAAGCAAGUGUCUUAAAUGUUUUGGAACUUGCCUAGAUGUAACACAUUAAGGGGAUAGUUGGUAAGUCAUACGAAGCUACUAAAACAUAAAAGAUACUUGAAACUGACGGCGUGUUGAUGGAAAUAUGCAUCCUUACAGGUUAGCAUGUACAGUUUCAGGGUGGAAAUAAAAGGUUGUGCAGAUGUGGAAGCAUCCAACUAUAAACUAACUGACAAUAACUGCAGAGCUCGUCAAGGCUCUUGACUAGCCUUAAGGAAUGAGAUAAGUUUUGACUCUCCCAAUGUGAGAGGCCAACAUACAAUUUGAACAUAUUAACCUACAUACUUGACUCAGAUGGAUUAGGCAAAGGAAAAACAUUGAUUAUAUACUUGGCUGAAACUGGGAACAAAUGUUUGACUUUUCAUUCACGUGCCUUCUGAAACUUAUUUAUGACUAUAUGAUAACACAACUUGAGUACAGAUGUCCACGAGGCUGCUUGACAGUCCUUAUGAUACUAACGUGGGACAACCUUGAACACUGGUAAUGAACAAGCUCAUUUUGGCCUGUGAAUGAACCAAGUAUGGGCUAGCUUGAUUAACCAAAUUUUUAAACAAGUCUAGCUGCAUGGUAGUGAAGCUAAAUGUUCCAUGAAGCUCAAAAUCGACUUGAGCUGAAAUGAAAAACAACAAGAUGAUGACAACGACAAAACCAAAGAAGAAUAAGAGUUAGGGGAAGAUGUAAUUUUAUGUUAAUGUAAUUGAAAAACAUCAAGAUGUGCAUGUAGGCCAUUGAGGAUGUAAUUUUAAGUUACCACCACCAACCUAUUUUAUGCUGAGCAAGAACAUGUGGUGAAUCAAGUGUGUCUAAAUUAUAAACAUGUUACAAGUUCAGGUGCCGAGCACUUUCUAUCCUUUCUUCAUCUCUACAGUGUCCCUCACAGUUACUCAUUUCUAGAUUUUGGAAUCUGUUUGCUGAGAAGCAUUGUGUCUCAACAAAUUGAUUAUGACAUCUUCAGGGGAUCUUUUGUUACUCCUUCAGACACUGUUGCAAUUAUUGCGGCCAAUGCACA